UUCGUAUUCAGGAGGAAGGAGAGCCUCAUGAUCUCGAAAAUCAGUCCGAGGAAGCUUCUCUGAGACUGGCCUCCGUUAUGGAGAUCUAUGUAUCUCCCACUCGGCACCGCACAAUCAUUCGAGCCUUCUUAGCUAACGAGGCAUGCCAUAUCUCAAUCAUCAGCAUCCUUCAACGAACAACAUUCCCCAAGAAAUCAACGGACCCCAAGCUUCGACUAGCAGCAUCGACAUCAUGUCCUUCUUCUUCUUUUGCAACCCUCUUCCCGAGACUACCCCCAAGCACGCUCCAAGAGAGACGACGCAUCACGAACCCGACCAUCAUCAUAAAGCGGCCAAACCACACGGCCAUACCAUCCACUUGCCGAGAUGGUUCACAUUCAGGAACUUCGUCUAUCUUGUUAUCGCAAUCUGGACGAUCAUUGGCACUGUCUUCAUAGCGGACUACAUACGAACCCGAACAGGACAUCAGGCGCUCUUUGAUCAUUCCAUACAGGGUGCUUCGUCAGAUCCCAUGGUUGAUGGUGAUUACCAACCAAAGGAUAUGGGUAUUUGGAGCGAUUGUCGAUGUUUGAACAUCACGGCAAGACAGCAAACAGGAGACGACCAAGCCUGGAAGUGUGGCUGA